GCUCGAGCGAAACCGCAGGGUCUAGAUGUUCGGUUCAGAGGCGCUGCAGAGGAAGUAGACGGUAUGAAGUUUAAACAGCGUUAUGCUUACAAUACUUUGCCAUUAUUUAAUGUCAACAUAGCGUUAGCGAAAGUCGAUUGAAAGUAUCUGAACUGCUGCCAAUUUCUACAUCAAUUUAUUUGGACACCGAGGAUGUUAUCUCUGGCUAGCUAACGCCUAUCGUUUUUAUUAAACAGCCACAUACGAAUCAAACAACGCCUGUUCAGUCUAUUCAAUUUCAGCGGCACAAUGAGUCUGAACGAGCAUUCAUUGCAAGCACUGUCUUGGAGGAAGCUUUACUUGAGUCGAGCAAAACUGAAGGCUUCCAGUCGAACGUCUGCUCUACUAUCUGGGUUCGCUAUGGUAAGGAAUAUACUCGCCCAAAGAUGCAUUGCAGCAAAGGUAGCAAUGGUGGAGGUUCAGUUGGACACAACCUAUCCUUACCCACCUGGUCUCCUCAUUGCCUUCAGUGCCUGCACCACUGUGUUGGUGGCUGUUCACCUUUUUGCCCUGAUGGUUAGUACCUGCAUCCUGCCUAACAUUGAGGCAGUCAGCAACGUUCACAACCUCAACUCCGUGAAGGAGUCUCCACAUGAGAGAAUGCACCACCACAUCGAGCUGGCCUGGGCCUUCUCUACAGUCAUUGGCACCCUGCUCUUCCUGGCUGAGGUUGUACUCCUCUGCUGGGUCAAAUUUCUACCCAUUAGGCCUAAGAACCACAAUCCCAACAAUGGGACCAUAUCUGCAGGUGUGGCUGCUGCCAUCACCUCCACCUCCAUCAUGGUGCCUUUUGGCCUGAUAUUUAUAGUAUUUGCUGUACAUUUCUACCGUUCCCUUGUCAGCCACAAGACAGACAGACAGUUCCAGGAGCUGGAGGAGCUAUCCAACCUGACCAGGCUGCAGAAUGAGCUGGACGGCAGAGGGGAGUCCCUCAUGCAAUCCCCCAGCUCUCAAUUCCCUUAAAGACUGACCACUCUGACAAGAUAGAUAUCUCUACCACGACAAUACUUUUGCCAUUAGUUUGACAUUUCUAUUAAAAACACUGCAUCAUUUAUAUGAAAGUGUUGUGCUAUUCACUGUUUGAAAUGUUCACAUUUCUAGAUUUUUUACUUGCAUAUAACUGUAAAACUAUGCCACUUAACGCAUGUACACAUUUUCAACAGAAAAAAAACACUGUCUUAACUGGCACUUGGAGCGUUUGUAUUGUGGACAGUUUUUUAAAAUUCCAUUUACCUUGCAGGUAAUAAUGCAUGGGGCUGAAGAGGGCUCUCAUUAACAAUCUAUUGUGACAAGGUGGCUUGCUUUAUUGUUAUGAGCACCACUGAAGGUCUUAUGGUGUUUAAGACAACUCUGAACCUCGCAAGUUAAAAUUUGCGUAGAGCUUCCUGGGAAACCCAUUUCUCAUCUUUCUACAACGAGUUUCCAAGCAGGAAAUGUAAGUUCCGAGUUGUCUUGAAUGUGGCAUUACUUCUGUAAGAGGUGAAUAUGUUCCGUAUUCAACCUAAUGUUCUGAUUUUUACUUUUUAGAGUUAAUGUUUGAUAUUAAAUGUAAUCGGCCUGCUUAAGUUAUUUGUAGUCCAAAUGUUACUGCAUAAACUCACAACAGUUUACUAUUAUGUAAACUAUUUGUUAUUCAAUUAAAAAAUUUGUACCAUGGUUGUCUGAACAAUGUUUUUGUGACAUAAAGCUAUUUUCACUGCUGCUUAAACAGUGAAUACAGAAAUGAACUGCACAUAUUUUCUCAACACAAUUUGCUUUGUAAAAKGUGUUAUGUUGCUUUAAUUUCCUGUCAAAAGUGCACCCUCUGACUUGUUUGCACACUAAGUUGGUAGGUCUUGGUAAAUAUAGAACAUCCUUAAACCAUGUAACCAUUUGCUUUUUGUUUUGCUUCUAGGAUACAUUUUUUAAUACCUCAAAUUGCCAUUGGGGAAUGAUAGACAGAUGGUGCUGUGACCUCAUUACAAGUCUGAUCAUGUUCAGUGGUCCUGUUUCAGAGAAGUAAAGUUACUAAGAUCUUA